AGCCUUAAUCACCAAGCUCAUACCUAAAGCCUUUAUAAGUUAAAGUGGUAAUUAUUUUUUUUAAAGUUACAUAGCCAUGGGUGUUUUCACAUUCGAAAACGAAGUAACCUCAGUGAUUCCUCCAACUAAAUUCUUUAAGGCAUUUAUUCUUGAUGCUGACAACCUUUACCCUAAGAUUAUCCCAAAUCAGCCUCAAACCGAAAUUGUUGAAGGUGAUGGUGGUGCUGGAACUAUCAAGAAGAUCACCUUCAAUUAUGGAGGGGAAUUGAAAACUAUAAAACACAGGCUAGACGUAGUGGAUGAAGCAUCAUUAACAUACAAAUACACAGUGUUAGAAGGAGAUCUUAUUUCAGAAACCAUUGACCAAAUUGUUAAGGAAAUUAAGGUAACCGAAGGUCCUGACGGAGGUUCCAUUUUGAAGAGCACUAGCGUUUACCACACCAAAGGAGACAACCAACUCGACGAGGGGAAACUGAAGAGCGGCGAGGAAAAGGGAUUGGCUCUUCUCAAAGCUGCCGAGGCCUACCUCUUGGCCAACCCCGCCGAAUACAACUAAUUUUAAAACAUAUAUAUGCAUUUUGAGUUAUUUUUAUGUGUGUCUUAGCCUUCUUCUAAUAAGGAGCAUGGAUUGUGUGUGGGGUUAAUUAAUUUCCAUGUUUGUGAGUGAAUUGUAUUUUUCAAAGGGUAAAAAGAAAAUGUUAUAUAUAUGUUGUAUUAUUGUUUCUAAUAAAAUGAAUUGGCCUUAUUAUA